ACUUGUACACAAAGUACUACUGAAUUUUAGUUCAUUGAAUGAUCUUUCAUAUCCCAGUUCUUCUUUUUCAUUAAAGGUUAAACUCCCAAGGAGACAAUUAUGGAUUCCGUUGAGAAUGAGCGAAUGUCCAAGCUCCUAUCGACACUUUUGGAUUGGAAGUAUUCUAGAACAGAGGAGGAAGUGGACAUCAACCGGAGGGCACUGAUCAUAGAAGAACAUAUACGAUCCUUAAAAAGCGAUCCAAGUAAUAUAAUUACUCUUGGAAGUGCAGGAGAGGGACUUAAACUCAAAGGUUCAGAUAGAGACGUGAUGAACGUACAUAAGGGCGUUAUAGUAAUGUACCCCGAUGAAAGUAUUCCUUCGAACAUAGCACAAAAGACUAUUCUGUACAUGAAAAAGGCACAGUCAUGUCGUCCUGGUUAUGUCAACCUUCAACUUCGUCAGACAGGACCCACACUUCCCGUGGCGUUAUUGUAUUCACUUGUAAAAAUAAAAGGAUUGGUGUUCGCUUCCAGUGACUUAUACAGAGACCAUAUCGUAUGUUCAAUGAAUACAGCAAUGGAUUUAAACUAUAGAUCCAAUGGACCAAGCUCAUCAAACAAUAUCUUGACAACGGAAGUCGACUAUGUGUUUGCCUUUGCAUGCAACAGUUGGCCAAGGGAAGCUAAGGAAUGGGUUACACGUACACGCCUGUAUGGAUGGCCGAGUCAAACCUUAAUAGACAAAAUCGUAAAGAAUGGCUGUCACGUUGUUCCAGUGGGUGACAAGUGUUCAGAAGACACAUUGUUACAAUGGAGAAUUUCAUUUGCAACAUCAGAAAGAUCCUUAAUUCACUCAUUUACUCACAUUCAACUCAAAGUUUAUGUACUACUGAAAUAUUUCUUAAAACAAAUAAAAGAAACAUUGAAACAGGUCAUAGGAGACGAUGACAUUUUGUGCUCUUACUUUUUAAAAACAGUUCUUUUUCAUGCAAUAGAGAACUCCAGCCAAUUGUUCUGGCAAGACAAGCACUUAUUUACCUGCUUUUGGUUUUGCUUCAACAUACUGAUUACUUGGGUCAGAGCAGGAUUUUGUCCCAAUUACUUUAUCCCAGAAAACAACUUGUUUAAAAGAAAAGUUCAUGGACUUCAUCAACAAAUACUUCUUGACAUUUUGGGCAAUUUCUAUGACAUGAAAUGGAUGUGUCUUUCAGUGGGAAACUUCUUCAUACCAACAAUAUGGGAGGAUUUGUGUAAUUCAUCAAUGCAAGCUGAACUUUCACGUCCCAAAACAGUAGAGGAAAUUACCAUUCACAAAGAUGUAACAGUUUCUUCCUGUUUACAACAUAUGCCAAUGUCAAAUCGAGUCAUAUCUAUGUGUGCCAACAUAGAGACAAUCAGGAUCGUAAUUGAACUAUUAUCGACAUCCAAAACGGAUUUCGAUGAAAUUUACACAUAUAACUAUGCUAUGAAAUGUUUGCAAACCGUAGCAACUAACCAGGUUUAUCCGGAUCACAUGGCUGCUACAAAAAACAAGGCCAGGUAUAGGAGUUUAAGGAAAUGUAAGCGCUGGAUGAUUCCUAGUGCCUCCAUGGGCACAGAUCUGUUGUAUUUGGCGACGUUUUAUUUUCUGACUGGAAACAUAAGCAAAACGCUGGAGAUGUGCAAGCAGCAAGGAAUCCAAAUAGCAUACUUAGAUUUCCCCAAUAUUAAUUCUCAAGAAAAGAGAGAAAUAUUUACACGUAAGUAUCCUGAACAUGGACAUAUGUUCCAAAGACUGAGGACAAUAUACACACACGACAUCGUCUUCCAGAAACAUGAUGUAGUGUGUCUUCCUCAUCUGCAUCCAGAACUGCUUAAAUGUGCCACAUUUCUAGCUAUUCCAGCUCUUCCGUACGCUUUGUUCCUGUCCUUCCUGUGUUGUCAUGAACUUGGAGACACUUGCGGACAGGAUGUAGCAUUAUGCCACUUGAGAGAUAUUCAGCAUGAUGACCAAGACGGAGGAUGCAUGUAUUGGAUAGUUCACACUCUUCUGGGGAUUUGUUACCAAACUCUCGGGGACUAUCACAGGGCCAUUGGGGCCUACUGGGAGUCAGCUCAAUCAAAGGGUUAUGGUUUUAAGAGGAAUCCUGCCAUCACUAGAAUAGCUGUAGUGUAUCUAUGUAUAUGUGCCUCAUAUAUGUCUGAAACAGACCAAUUCAAAAGAACACGUUUUUAGUUAUUAGACGUCAUAUAACUACUGCACCCUAUAUUACAAAACAAACUUUCCUAACCAUGGACAUGUAAAUUGUGGUUGGAGACCAAAACCACAAAAUCUAAUUUGCUAUUCAAUUGGACUUAUUCUAACAAACUUGAACAAAACGAAUGUGUAACAUAUUACGAUACGUCACAGACUUACCAAUACGCAAUAAGAAAAUACUGAAUUGUUAUUGAUGUGAACAAAGGAGUUUUUCAAAGACAUUAAACUCCUGUAGUUAUGGGAAUGUGGAUGUUAGGUUUGAUUAUAAAUUAUGAUAUGCAUGUGUUUACAAAGGGUGAUAACUCUUACCAAGAGACUGACUACUUCAUGACCCAGACAGAAAUAACUAAUAAUCGUUAGUAGCUAUAUUAAUCAAUCUUAAAAUCAAUCAGAAUUAGAGAGGUCUUAUUUUAGUAUGCGACAUCCCUCUCUCUCCCAAGAUGUGUGAGUGUACAAAGUUUGAAAAUAUGAUCACCCGUCUAGAAAAGCAUAUUUGAGUACAACGUACAGUAAUCCUAGAUCAUCUUACUCUAAGUAAUGGCCAGAAUAAGAAAGACAAAAGGGAGGAGAACGGCACUAGAACUAAAGGGGAUGGCGUAAUGCUUGAAAACAUAAAUAUGUACGAUAAUAUGUAAAUAUAUCAACGUCGCAUUCCAUGUCAUGUAAAGCAAUCACGCCUUAAUGAUUAUAUGUAUAUCAUCAUAUCAUAAAUGGGGGAAAUAGUUUUCAUCGCAUUAAAGAUUUAUUAAUCAAUUCGUAGAAUUUGGCAUUUUAUCAUAUCUCUGGCGAGGUUAAAUAUGAAAUAGAAAACGGGUAUGAGAUUUUGUAUGUGUAAUGAUAAAGAGUUUGUAAAACGUUAUGAUAUCUGAAAUGUCAAUAUUUUUAUCCCCUGCCUCUGUUUUGGUGAAGUGGAUUUGAU